AUGACCACCAAGGCUUUCGUGGCGACGUCCAGCAAGGGCGCGUUCCAGCGCGAGGCCUCGAGGUUCCGCAGCUGGGUCGAGCGCAACAGCAGCGCCGUCUUCCCCGCUGAGCAGCACCGCUAUCACCUGUACGUCUCACUGGCGUGUCCGUGGGCCUCGCGCUGUCUCGGAGCCUUGUACCUCAAGGGUUUGGAUGGUAUCAUCGGAUUGUCGGUGGUGCACCCAGUGUUCCAACGCACUCGACCGAUUGACGACAACGACUCGCACUGUGGCUGGGCCUUUGCCGACCCCGCUACAACGCUGGCGUUGAAGGGACCGUCGGGGCUUGGCGCGUACUCGUCCAAGGGCUGCAUCCCCGACACCGUGAACAACGCAAAGUUCGUCCGUGACCUCUACGACUUGUGCGCUUCUGAGCCGACACGCUACACGGUGCCGCUGUUGUGGGACAAGAAGGCGAAGACGAUCGUGUCGAAUGAGUCGGCGGAUAUCGUGCGCAUGUUCAACAGUGAGUUCGAGGACUUGGUGCCGUCCAAGCUGGAUUUGUACCCGGAAGAGCUCCGAUCCGAGAUCGACCACCUCAACGAGUGGGUGUACAACGACGUCAGCAAUGGAGUCUACAAGUGCGGAUUUGCUGCGUCACAGGACGCGUACGAUGAGGCGGUGACGAAGUUGUUCGAUGGUCUGGAUCGCGCGGAGGAGAUCCUGGCUGCUCACCGCUUUCUGGUCGGAGAUCGGUUCACAGAAGCCGACUUGCGCCUCUUUACGACGCUCAUCCGCUUCGACGAGGUGUACGCGGUGCACUUCAAGGCCAACAAGAAACUUAUCGAGCAGUAUCCAAACCUCAACAACUACGUCCGCGAAAUCUACCAAAUGCCGCCGAUCACCAAGAGUGUUGAUAUCCAGCAGAUCAAACUGCACUACUACGCGUCCCACACCCACUUGAAUCCGUUCGGUAUCGUUCCUGCGGGGCCUGGCGUCGAUUUCACGCGCCCACACGACCGGAACCGCUUCAAGAAUGCUGCUCUCCCGAGUUUUUAA